AUGAGGGUGGACAACCACCGAAUCGUGGAUAAGCAUGUCUUUUGGUACCGAGCACUGCGAGGUACCUGGCAGCCGAGAGAGUCUGGUGGCCUCUGGGGAGGCGGUGAACGAGGCGGCGCGAUGCGCUCCAAGGGGAAAGGCUGCCAGACUCGUUUGCCCUCUGAUUGGGACGUGAAGAAAGCCAGCCAUCGACGAAGAGAGCGGAGGAUCCUCAAAGUUAUCUUGCUGAAAAACAAGAACUGGAAAUUCCACAACCUGGAGGAGUGUAAUCCCAAUGCACCAGCAAUGAAAUUUGAGCAGCAAGUGCGUUUGGAGCGGAUCAUCCACUUUCGUGGCGAAGUGAAUCAAGACGAGGGUGAGGACGAAGACGAUGCAGACGAAGACACUCCUCUCGGACAGCUGGUCGUUAAGAGGAGGAGGACAAAGCCCCCGGGAGUUCCUCGUGCAGUGAAGGAGCCCGCUGCGGAUCCGCCCGUGGACGUGGUGAAUGCCGAGGAGGAUGAUGACGAUCUUCCCAUCGCUUUGCUUGCAGCGAAGCCCACUUGGCCAAAGAGUUAG